UUUCAUAAGCCCAAUAACAUUUUCAACUAUUUUCACCAAAGCCCAAUUAUUCCUCAUCAGAAAAUCGACAACGCGUCUCUAUAUGCACGAAGGUGAUCAACCAAUAGAGCCGUGAGAUCUCUGCUUCAAGACUUCACAGGAAUCCAUUUUCUCUGAUCGGAAUCUGGAAUCGACGAAUCGGAAUGGGUUUCUUGAUAACGACACUGAUUUUCGUGGUGGUUGGGUUCAUCGCGUGUCUCUGCACCAGAAUUUGCUGCAAUCGAGGACCUUCUGCUAAUCUAUUUCACUUAACUCUGGUUACUACUGCAACAAUAUGCUGCUGGAUGAUGUGGGCGAUUGUAUAUCUGGCACAAAUGAAACCACUCAUCGUACCUAUACUAAGUGAAGGCGAAUAAGUUUAUGAACAAAUGUAGCUUCUUGUAUGUUAGAUAAAAUAUGGAUCUCAGAUUGGUUGUUGGAGAGAAUUUGAUAUCAGCUCUCAUGAGUCAUUGAUAAUUUCCUAAGGUUGAAUAUGUAUGUAUCUUUUUGUUGGAUAAUGGCAUAUCUGUUUUUGCCUGAUGUUACUGUGUUAUAGGUGUUGUAUUCAACCCUCAUUCAUUUCAGAUGUUGUUUCAAUUUCAAAUCAAUAAUGAAAAAUAAAAAUAUUACAUUAGUCAUAAAUACAA